GCAUGAAAACGUCACAAAGUUCUUCCAUCUAAAACCAAAAGGUUCAGAAAUACAGAAUCGUCUCUUCUUCCCUCUCUAGGGCACUCACGGACGCGCGGGAAAAGAACACAACCCCAAAAAAAACAAAAAACAAAAAAAUCUCAGCGAUUCACAGAUCACAUGCCUCAGGCAGAUCAGUCUACUCGCUUGUGCUUUUGCGAAUUAGGGUUCGAAUCGAAUCGGAAGUGAUAAGAAAUGGUCCCAGAAAUUUCCAAGGAAGAGUUCGUGAAGCUACUGAAAGGGUUUGUGGAUAUGCUCAUCCUCGCAUCUGGGUUUCAAUCUUCUGGCGCUCCCGCUCACUGGGACGCCGAUAAUUGCCGGAAAGCUCUUCAAUGGGGUCUCUUCUUCCAAAACAUGUUAAGAAGCGUAAACAUCUCAGACCCAUCUGGAGAAUCUGUGAGAGAGGUUGAGGAAGCUAUAUCAGAGAUAAAAUCUAACCCCUUGUUUCCAAAGGGUCUGGAGAAUCUGUCGUCAGAUACUCUAUCAAAGGGAAGAGAGUUUGUGUUAGAGCAUUUGAUGAAUAACUCAGCUUUGAAGGAUAAACAGCUCCAAGCUGUUUUGGUUGCAGCUAUGGAGUCAGGUGAGCGUAUUGCAGACGUAAUUGAUGGGAAGCUCUGCGAGAGGCAAGCUGUUGUGUCAUGUGUAUCAGCGCUUGAGACAGGUUUGAAGAUCCUUUCUAGAAACCUAGUAGAGGUGGAAGAGUUGAUACAGAGAGAAGACAAGGAUGCAACUUUUGUAAGUGGGGGACAACAGCCUGUUGAGCUUGUAACAUGGAACAAAUGGCAAUCGAAAAGUCUGUCUUAUUUUCUCAGUAAGAGAACUUUAAGAUUGGUGUCGGGAGCCAGCUUGAUAUUUUCUGCACCGAGAGCUCAGUGGGCAGAAGUGUUGAGAAGGCUGCACGUUUCAGCUGAGAACAAAGAAGAUAUAUUCGUCGAAAAGAUUGAGCUGUUGUUACUAGGAUGCGUAACAAGCAGAUGGACUCAUUUAAUCGAAGGUAUCAUGUCAGUUUCUUACAAAUCUGUGACUUUGUCAGAACAGUACGUGGAGUUAUGUAAGCUGCUUCUUCAAAGACCUAAAGGUGUAAAUCAGAAUGAGAUCGUUUUGAAUUCAAAGGUUGAAGAGAUUCUUGAGUAUUUAACUGAAAUAUUAAAGAAACGUUCUCAUCGUCUCUGGAAAUUGCCUUCUGCCCUUACCGCAGCUGCAAUUCCAUCAUGGUCACCAUUGUUUGGUUUGUACUUUGGCGAAAUAGAGAAACAGUUGAAACUAGACCUCUCAGCAACAAGAUGUUGUAGCUGCGAUAAAGAUCUAAACGAGCACAAGGACUGUGAGCUCGCUGAAAGAGUUUGGUGCUUGUACCUAUUCCAUAUUGUCUGCAGAUGCCACCAAACAAUUUAAUGGGUCUUUUAGAUCAUAUACAAGAAGAUCAUCAAGAUCAUACUGAUGCAGAUUUUUUUUUUGUCAUUUCUAGAAUUUGCAUUUGCUUGUAAAUGAACAAAAAAAAAGAAAAUUCAAGGUGUAUGCUUUCAGUUUCAGUCACCAUCUCUUUAGUAAAUGGGUUGAUGGAUAAGUAAGAGGAGUGAAUUGUUUUUCUGCUUUAAGAUA